AUGGGGAAGAGUCACAUAAAUAUUCAUAACAAAUGUACUACUAAAAAGAAAAAUUAUGGUUCAAAAGCUGAAUCACCAUCCGUUGUUAUGUUAGAACCCCAUAAUAUUAUGAGAAAUAAUGCAAUGUUUCUCCUAGAUGUAGCAAGUUCAGCUGAAUCUAAUAUGAGGAGGACGAGAAGAUCAUCUGUAACUAUUAUGCCAUCAGUUUCGGAAAAUAGUUCUCCACCUGAACCUACAGGACCUUUUGGACCACUUCCACCCUUUCAAUGCCUAAGUAUUUUAGAUGGAAAUUUUUGUAAUAAUGAAGACUUAUUUUUUAAUGGCUAUUUAAAUAAUUAUACUAUUCAUGAAACUUCUGGAUCAUCAUUUCAAAGGCCUCUUUCCGAAGUAACAAUGUCAGAUAAUGAUCCAGAUAACAAUAAGGGACUAAGAUUUCAUAGAUCAGUAUCAAUGGGUACAAAUGGAAUUCCGUGGUCUAAGUCUGGAUAUGAAAAUAGAAUGACAACAGUGAGAAAAAGAAAUAAUAGUAAUUAUGAAAUCACUAAUAAUGAAAGUGGCUCUUCUUUACUAUGUAACCCAUCAAAAGCAUUACAGAAACUGAUUAAUCAGAAAGAUGAUAACGAUUCCUUUGUAAAUAGUGGAAACAAUAGUGCAAACGUGAACAAUUUUAAAUUACUUCAAAGGCCAGUCUUGCAGUUUAUUUUACAACAUCACAAUUUGGAUCUACUACAAUUUUCUAUGAAAAGAGCACUCAGGAAAGCGAUGUGUAGAGUAUAUGCAAUGGAAGCUCUGAAUUGGUUAUUACGUUCUGUUACUCAACCAGUAUGCCUUCACGACCUUUUGUGGUGGUUUGUUACAUCCCUUACACCUGUCGAAAUAGAUACAGAAUCAGAAGAUAACAGGCCACUGAAAAAGGAAGAUGAACAGGAUACGACCGUUUGUGAACAUCCUCUAUCUGAUAUAAACAUUGCCGGAGAAGCAGUCCAUCCAUUACCUAGUACUUUUCACUCAUUACUACAAACUAUUGCUGAUCUUAUGGUAUUACUGCCUAUGGGUUCUGCUCUUCAACAAAUGGCAGUUCGGUGUUGGGGAAUACGAUUUACUUCAACUGACCAUUCUUUCUUACAUCGGUCACAAGUAUUUAGUAAUAUCAGUAAAAUUUUGUCUAGAUCUGAAGAAAUUGAGGCGUUCACAAUGCAUGAGAGUUAUCAAAAGAUAUUACAUGAGGAGGUACCAUCUGUUGAAUGUUUAAAGGAUUUGACGUCUAUGGUAGAAAUUAAAGCUUCAAGUCGACAAGCUAUGGUAGGAAGUUUAAUUGAUAACUCUACUGAAACAUUUUGGGAAUCUGGAGACGAAGAUAGGAACAAAACAAAAAUUAUAACAAUUAUUUGCAUUCAUGGUCAUCGUCCUACUUUGGUUUGUGUCCACAUCGACAGCUGUAGAGAUAUUGGGAAUAAGGUAUCAUCAAUUACGUUUUCCUCGGGGCAAAACACUGAUGAAUUAAUAAAACUAAGAACGGUGGAAAUUGAUUCUCGACUACUCGGUGGAUGGGUUAAUUGUCCUAUAAUGGGGAAUACUGUUGAGGCAAGACGAAGUAUUCUGAGGGAAGUUUUUAGAAAGGAGAGAUUAAAUCUUGCUGCGGCGCCUCAAAUUGUAUAUUUGGACGCUGAAAAUGAAUUUAUGAUCUGUUCACGGAAAAUCGAAGAAUUAAAUUUAGCUAUUGUUAACUUUAAUCAUAAUAAUAGGCAAAAAGACUUCAAGCGAAUUUAUUCUCGUCUGUUGCACGUCUCUUCGAGAUUGGCUAGAGUUUCUAGUCAGGACGAACCUCAGAUGAAGGUAAGGUCUGAUCUGCAGGCACGAUGUGCUCAACUUAUAGAUAAUCUCAACUUGGUUUAUGAAGGGUUAUCUACUAGUCAAGCUGAAGUGCAAGGAGGUGCUUCAACUAUAGGGAAAAUUCCGCAACGUUCACUGUUGGAUCAGGACAUUUGUCUUAUACCAGAGAUAGUCUAA